CGCGCAGACGCGCGUCAGCGGGAGGACGGUGGAGACCUUCAGGCGGAGCGCGGGUCUCUAGGAGCUAUGGGGCACGCCCGGGAUUUCGUCUGGGCGCUUCUGGGGCUGUGGCUGCUACUGUGCAGCUGGAGUUGCCUCGGGAGCGCCGAGCUGCGUGCUCCGCCGGAUAAGAUCGCGAUUAUUGGAGCUGGAAUUGGUGGCACUUCGGCAGCCUAUUAUCUGCGGCAGAAAUUUGGAAAAGAUGUGAAGAUUGACCUGUUUGAAAGAGGAGAAGUUGGGGGCCGUCUAGCCACCAUGACUGUGCAGGGGCAAGAAUAUGAGACAGGAGGUUCAGUCAUCCAUCCUUUAAACCUACACAUGAAGCGCUUUGUCAAAGACCUGGGUCUCUCUGUUGUCCAGGGUUCUGGUGGCCUAAUUGGGGUGUAUAACGGAGAGAGUCUGGUGUUUGAGGAGAGCAGCUGGUUUAUAAUUAACAUAAUUAAACUAAUCUGGCAGUAUGGAUUUCAGUCCCUUCGAAUGCACAUGUGGGUAGAGGAUAUAUUAGACAAGUUUAUGAGGAUCUACCGCUACCAGUCUCAUGAUUAUGCCUUCAGUACUGUAGAAAAUUUACUGCAUUCUCUAGGAGGGGACGACUUCCUUGGAAUGCUUAACCGAACACUUCGUGAAACCUUGCAGAAAGCAGGCUUCUCUGAGAAAUUCCUCGAUGAAAUUGUUGCUCCUGUCAUGAGGGUCAAUUAUGGCCAAAGCACAAACAUCAAUGGUUUUGUGGGGGCAGUGUCACUAGCUGGUGCUGAUUCUGGCCUUUGGGCAGUAAAAGGUGGCAAUAAACUUAUUUGCUCAGGGCUCCUUCAGGCUUCCAAAGGCAACCUUAUAUCUGGCUCAGUAAUGUACAUAGAGGAGAAAACACGGACCAAGCAGACAGGAACCCCCGCAAAGAUGUACGAAGUGGCCUACCAAACUGGAUCUGAGACCCAUUCAGACUUUUAUGACAUCAUCGUGGUGGCCACUCCAUUGAAUCGAAAAAUGUCCAAUAUAACUUUUCUCAACUUUGAUCCUCCAAUUGAGGAAUUCCAUCAAUACUACCAAUAUAUUGUGACAACUUUAAUUAAGGGGAACUUGAAUUCCACUAUUUUUAGCUCCAGAGCCUUAGGUAAAUUUGAUCUCAGUACAAUCUUAACCACUGAUAAUUCAGAUUUGUUCAUUAACAGCAUUCGGAUUGUGUCCUCUGUAAGAGAAAAUAAUCCUCAACCAUCAGAAGAUGGGGCAUAUGUUUGGAAGAUCUUUUCCCAAGAAACUCUUACUAAAGAACAAAUUUUAAAGCUCUUUUUGUCCUAUGAUUAUGCUGUGAAGCAGCAGUGGCUUGCAUAUCCUCACUAUAAGCCUCCAGAGAAAUGCCCCUCUAUCAUACUUCACGAUCGACUUUAUUACCUCAGUGGCAUAGAGUGUGCAGCAAGUGCCAUGGAGAUGAGUGCCAUUGCAGCCCACAAUGCCGCUCUCCUUGCCUAUCACCGCUGGAAUGGACAUACAGAUAUGAUUGACCAAGAGGAUUUAUAUGAGAAACUUAAAACUGAACUAUGAAAUAAUAACACUUUCACUUUUCCCCCCUCUUGGUUCCCAGUGGAAUAUCACUGGCAAAAAAGAACACAAUCUGAGCAGAGAUGUUUUCAAAUCACAUAUUUUGCCAUUAUUGUUUAACAUGAGUAAUUCUAGUGUCAUGAGAAAAUAUAAGGAUCUCAUAAGCGUGAAAGUGUAACUACUGCACUUAUCCCAUCUCCAAAAUUUCUUAACUCUUCUUUUAAUACCCAUCAGCAGUGUUUCCCAAACUUGUUUGAUCGUAAGAAUCAUUUGAGGUUUGAUAAACAUAUAAAAUUCUCUAGCUCUUCUGGAGAUUGAUUCAGUAGGUCUGGAGAUGAGGCCCUGGAUUUUGAAUAAAAUCUUAGAACAUUUGAAGCUGAACACUUGAAUUAGAACUUAAGACACGUUUUAGUUGGGGACUAGUUUAUUUGUACUUCACAGCUGGAUGUGAUCUUGAGUCAGAUAGUUAAAACUGCUGUAGGAGUUGGUAUCUUAUGCCUGGCUUUAGUAAUUUAUACUCUUUUUCAAAGUAAAUGCCUCACCGAAGCCUUGACUUUCAGAAUGUUUUUUUGAUUUCUUCUGUCUCAUUUUUUAAGGGUGAAAUUUGUAAGUCUUAGUAGUAUAACUUUAAGAUGUCUUACAAAAGUCUCUAGUAAAAUGAAAAGCAAAUAUAGGCUCAUUGAAGAAAUUGGCAUUCAAUUAUCGAAUCCUCACCCACGUAUUUAGAAAAUACUGAUAUACCCUAUAGAUUAUUUAAUGGACUGAGGAUAGGACCUCCGCAUUGUAGCUUGUUAAAAGUUCCUGAUGUGCAGCCUGGGUCGAGAAUCACUGACUUGGAGAGUCUAAUAUGUUUCCAAAGGGUUUUUCAGUGCCUUCAAAGUCCCAAGAAAUCCAAUUCAUUAUCAAAGCAGAUGGAUUUUGUGAAGAAUUUCUCAGAACUCUAGUGGUAACCUUGAUAGUAAGCAGCAUUGACAGCCUAACAGCAGAGGUAACUUGGAUUACUCCAGAGUUGACACAAGUAAGAUACUCGUAAUGACACCAUGCUUGAUCAAAUCCAGCAUAUGUCCAAACUGUUAAAUGCUUCUAAAGCUACUGGUACCAUUUUGGGUGAGAAAUUGGUUCCUGAAAUCUUUUAAUGCGUUAAGUUCUCAACCUUGGCUGCACAUUGGAAUCUUCUGUUGGACUUUAAAGCUUCCCAAAUGAUUCUAAUAUGCAGCCAAGCUUGAGAAUCAGUUCUACAUCUACUGUAUUAAGAUCAUUAAUGACUGUCCUUAUAGUCACUGUUAGGACAGAACACAUAAAAGCUUGUGAAUUCAACAGUAACAGCAACAAAGUUAACAUGUACUGUUAAAAAAAUUUGUCAAAGGUUUUUUUUUCUAAUUUUAUUUUUAAAAAGAAUGUUGAGGCAAUUUUCUUUUCCUUUUGUGGUUUUAAUGGACAGUAUGCGGAGAAUGUAAUAUACUGUGCUAUGUAUAUGCUAGACUGGUAAAUACUAAUAGUUAACUUAGAACUUGUUUUGCAAUGGGAUAUAUGUCAAGCAUAUUUGUUUUAAUGCAAUCAUGGUAUUAAAGGAUAUAUGUAUUUUUUAUUGGACAAAAAAUACUAUCAGAGCUUGUUACUCCAGAAGACCACUCAUCCUUUUACAGAAGAGAAUGGUAAAGGGCUGAAUGAAAGCCAGCUCCACUCUAGUGGUUCUCCGACUUAGGUAUGCAUCAGACUUACCCGGUGGGCUUGUUAAAACAUUUCUGGGCUUACCCCCAGAAUGUGUUUUAAUAGGGUUUGGGGUGGCAUACAAAAAUUUGCAUUUCUGUUAAGUUCCUAGGUGAUGUUCCUGGUCUAGGAACCACACUUAAAAGAGAACUAGUUCUGUAAUUCAGCUCUAAGUGGUUGAAAAAUUGAAAGCCUGUCAGCUUCAAUGAAGAUUUAAAAAGAGCUACUGGAGAAGAAUGUUAGAAUAAAAAUGUUGGACUUCACACCAGCUCUCCUUAUUGUGAUUAGGUUGGUUUGAACCCUCUAGCUGUUCUUUUGCUGUAAAUAGGAAAUAUUAUUUUAGAGCUACAUCAGGUGUGCUCACUGUAUACCCCAUUCUCUGCAGUUUUAAAGUGACUCAAGAUUUGUAGUAUUUUUACCAGAUCACAAAAAGAACAGGUCUAGUCAUUUACUUGGUAGGUUUCUUAAGGUUAGGCUUAUGAUACAACCAUCUGUAUGUAAUAUAGCUUUCAUCAGUUGGUGUGCCCUCAAAUGUAUGAACUAGAUGAAUGUAUUAUGGCAGCAUCAUCAUUACUCUCUAUACUUUACAAAGAACAAUACACUGGAAUGUUUUUCUCUGGAAUUCUAUUUCUACUCUUGUAUUAAAAAUUUUUUCCCACUUAUGUUCGAAAUAAACAACUACAUCAUUAA